AUGACGACCAGAGAGUCUCAGGUCGCUCUGAUCUGCCUGAAAAAGGAGUUUUUGAGCGGAGCUUCCGAGGAACGGGCUAUUAAGCUGCUGAUCAAUGGCCAAUAUGCGAAGCUAGCCGGCUCCGAAUUACGCCAGAUCUUUCAUGAGCGAAGUAUUCUUGAGCUAUGCAAUAUUGAGAAUUUGGGGCACCAGCAGCUGCAAAACGUCGUUGAUCACAUUACAGACAAAAUGAUGGACGUCUCUGAAGAGCUGUCUUAUGUCUCAGCCAUUUUGCUGCUCCAGAUCUUCGUCCAGACCAACUUUACAGGUCCUAGGCUGCCUAUGGUGGACGAGUUGGGCUUUCUCACUAAACUCACAACCUCCAAUCCAGCAGUUCUGUCGCUUCUGUCUCUAUCCGGUCAAAGGCCCAACAAACUGGUGGACUGGCCCAUGCUUCUUAUUUUAUCGCUCCGUCUAUUUGAGAAACUGCAACGCUGCCCAAUCAGUCUUGUUGGAGUAAACCAGUCCAUCGAGCCAGAAGCUGCCAUCAGCCAAUCAAACAUCCCAGAACUCACUAAGGGAAACCACCUCCAAGCAGCUCUGUGCUGGUGGCGGGCAAGAGCGCUGCAGGUCCAGCAGUCAUUGUUCCAUGACCAAAAUCCAGUGCUGUCUACACUAACGUUUUCGCUGCUUUGUCCUUCUUUGGCGGCCGCUCUGAUGGAUGAUACAAAUGUCAACAGUGUCACAAACCAGUACAUUCUAGUUUUAUACCACCUGGAGCGAGCCAGAGCUGCGCUGAGUGCCGGCUCAGAGACCCAGGCCUCAGAAAGCCUGGCCAAGGCAAAAUCUGCUUCGGGGCUGCAAUUUGUGCUUACAGGCUGCAAGGCCAAGCGGACCAAAUUCCAGGAGAAGGCAUUUGCGGCACUGGCUGUUCUGGCUCGUUCGCAGGACACGCUAUUGCGCGUUGGUUCGGAAUACAGACACAAUCCGCAGGAGGUGGCUCUAAACGACGACCUAUUUUUGGAGCGUUUGCAGUACGAGAAUUUAGGUGAUGAUCAGGCUUUUGAAGAGUUUGGCGACGAAAAACGAGUCAAGGUCGACUUCCCGAAUUACGAGUCCACCGAAGACCAGGAAACAAAGCUGCUCCCGAUCGCGGUCAAGGAAGAAGACAUCCCUGCACCACUGCGGUCGCUGGACCCAAAUAGCCAGCCUCCGCUCGCCGAUCUCGACAGCGUGCAGCUUUUAUUGCGUCUGGAGACCAUCCGUGCAAAUACUCCGGCCAAUAACGCGCUCGUGGGCGAGGAGCUGCGGGCGCUGGUGGAAAGAGUGCUGUAUUCACCGCCGGGAAGCGUUAACUGGCUCGUUUUCAGCAACGCUCUCUGGCAGCGGUCUCUGCUCGAAACCACCAGACCAAAGACGGUCGAAAGAGGAGUUUUGCAGCUAUAUUCACUUGUUGAGGAGCUUGGCGUGCACGCGGAGCAGACCGCACGACUUUUCCCCAAAACCAAGGAAGAGGAGCAGUUCCCAGAAUUUUUCACAGCUUCAGAUCUCCAAGAUGACACUACACUAAUAAAUGCCGUGAGAUCGCAGUACAUCUACGCUUUGUCGCUGAGCCCCAAGUGGUCGCUGGACUCCAGACUGGCAGAAAAGCUCAUUGAACUCGGGUCCGUUAAAUCUGCGCUGGAGAUCUACGAAAGACUGCAGCUGUGGACAGACGCUGCCCUGUGCUACGGCUCGAUAGGAAACGAGAGCAAGGCCGAGGAGUUGGUUUUGCGGCAACUUGCCGAAUCGCCCGACGACGCGCGCGCUGUGUGCGUACUCGGCGACGUGCGCCAGGACCCGGUGCUGUGGGAAAAAGCGUGGCAGCUCGGCCGCUACGCCAACGCAAAACGGUCGCUCGCAAAAUACUGCUACCGGCUCCCUGAUGGGUCACGUGACUACGCCGCGGCGAUCGGCCACCAAUACGACUGUGUGCGUGCGAACCCGCUCAAUUUCGAAAACUGGUAUUUCUACGGGUGUCUGGGGCUGGAGACGGAGAACUAUGAGCUGGCUGCAGAGGCGUUCACGCGGUGUGUCGCGCUGGACGACAGCAGCCAGUACUCGUGGUCCAAUCUGGCGUCGGCACUGCUGCGGCUGGACAAGCUGAAGGAAGCGUUCACGGCGUUGCAGCGUGCAGUGAGCUCUGGCGACACGGAAAAGGCCUCGUGGAAGAUCUGGGAGAACUACCUGAUUGUGGCGGUGAAGCUGGGCCGUUGGGACGACGUGCUUCUUGCGUCGCGCACUUUGCUGGACACACGGAAGCUUGAUGGCGACGGGUCGUUGGAUAUUCCGAUUUUGGAGAAACUGGCCGGACUACUUGUUUCUGAGCCGUACGAUGAGGAGGCGCGGCAGACGCAUUUCCAGAGAACGUGUCUCAAGUUCCUGUGUCAGGAGGUGCCGGCCGUGGUGAACUACAGUGCUCGCGUGUGGCGCAUUGUGGCUAAGGUUGACUUGUGGCGCAAGAAGCCAUGGCUGGCGCUCGAGGACUAUGAGAAAGCGUACCGCGCGGCGAUCAGUCGGCCCGAGCUCGAGGUGGAUCAGGAUGCAUGGCGCGAGGCGGUAACGGCUUGCGAGGAUCUGGUGUCUGCGUAUGAGAAUUUUGGCGAGCUGCCGGGGAAACACGAUGCCGGCGAUGUGGUCUGCAAGGACUGGCGAUUCAAGGCGCGGUCGACAGUGCGGUCACUGCUGUCGAAGGGCAAGGUUUGGGAGGACACUGCAGAGUAUACGAGAUUACAGGAGCUGAGAGAUGAAAUGAAAAAUAAAUAG